AAACAUAAUUACCAAUUUUGUCUAUAGUAUUACAGAUUUCCAAAACCCUAGAAUAAAAUCCAAAAUAUUUUUAUCUGCAAAUGUUGCAAAUGAUAACAAUUUCUCAAAUUGACAUCUGAAAUGAGGUGUCAAAAUCGUCAAAAACAUAACCUCCAAUUUUCAAACUUGCCUACAAUAAUAAACAAAAUGGGGGCCCCUAUUUGUCGUACGUGCCUGCAACAAGGACCUGUAAAGUCAAUUUUCACAGUACACAAGCAAAUUUCUGUGUGUUUUUCAAAAAUGCUGGAUUUUUGUGCAUCCGUACAGGCAGAAAUCGACGACGGCCUACCUUCAGAAAUCUGCCGAAAAUGUGCAAACGCUUUAGUUGCGUUUUAUAAAUUUAAAAGAUCAGUAAUUGACAACGACCAAAAACUUAGAAAGCAACUUAUAUCCACGAAUAUCACAAUAAAAAGCGAAUGUGACAGUGACAAUAAACAAGAAGAAAUUGGGGGUAUAGGUGAUAAACAUGAGAGUGAAUUAAAAAGUGAGGAUGACCUCACUGAUGUCAAACCUGUUAAAUCUAGAAAAACACACCAGUGUGAUGUGUGUGGGCAAUUUUUUUGUGGCCGGAGUAACUUGAGUCAACAUAUGAGGGCACAUAGAGAUGAUAAACCGUAUGAAUGUGAUAGUUGUGGAAAAAAGUUCCGAAGAUUUGAGCACCUGAAAAUUCAUAAAAGAAUACACACUGGUGAGAGACCUCAUCAGUGUACCAUUUGUUCGAAACGUUUCAUCCAAUACGCCACUUUAACUACUCAUUUAAAGACACACAGCGGCGAACGUCCUUAUAUGUGCUCAACUUGUGGAAAAUCAUUCAGUCAGUCCAGUACUUUAACUUACCACAUGAGGAUACAUACAGGAGAAACACCCUAUAGAUGUAAAUUAUGUAAUAAAGGAUUCACACAUUCUGGUAACCUGAACAUCCACAUGAGGUUUCAUAAAAACGAACGACCGUUCAAAUGCGAACUUUGUGAAGUGACGUUUGUAACUACUUCACAUUUGUCUCUCCAUAUGAAAAAGCACACAGGAGAAAGGCCACACAAAUGCAAAGUUUGUGGCAAAGGAUUUCUCCGAAGUGAACAUCUAAAAGGCCAUUUAGUAAUACAUUCAGGAGAACGGCCUUACGUUUGUAAUAUUUGUUUGAAGAGGUACACACAAAGUAGUCACUUGACUCGACACAUGAAAACCCACAAGACAUAGCGCGCGUUUUUUUGGAUUUGAGAUGUCUAAAGUGGCCAACGAAAGGUGACCCCAUUUCGUAUUAUCAACGACACUGCAGUUAUUAGUGAAUUUGUAAAUGAAUAAAUUAUCACAAGUA